ACGAAGAAGAACGAACCACCACGGUGUACAAAAAAUGGCACACUACAGCGAGGACAGCACUCAGGACUUGCUCCAAGCUCAUCUUCAGCUACUGCACGAGUCCCUCGGCUACAUCAAGUCAACUGCUAUCGCAGUUGCCCUAGACGUCGGCAUUGCCGAUGCCAUUCACCAUUACGGCGGCAGCGCCACCAUCCCCCAGAUCCUCGCCAAGAUUGACGUCAACCCAUUCAAGCAACGGGGCCUGCGUCGCCUCAUGCGCAUGCUCACAAUCUCUGGCAUCUUCACCAUCCAUCACCCUGCUCCAUCAUCAUCAUCAGAUGGGUGCGAAGCUCUCUACCAGCUGACACCGGCCUCCCGCCUCCUCCUCAGCGACGGGAGCUCGACGAGCUUGACACCUCUCCUGACCAUGCUCCUCGGUCCUCUGCUCGUGUCGCCGCUCGCCACUGUCGUGACCGCGUUGGUCCGGCAGGAGGAGCAGCCGGACCUGUCGGCGUUCGGCAUCGCGCACGGAGAAACCGUCUGGGACGUGGCUGACCAGGAGGCUGCCUUCAACAUCUCCCUCCACGACGCUAUCGCCGCGGACACCCGCUUCCUCAUGCCCAUUGUCCUCAAGGAGUGCGGCGAGGUCUUUCAGGGGAUAGACUCGCUUGUGGACGUCGGCGGUGGACCGUAUGGGAGUGCCGCAGCCGCCAUCGCCGCGGCGUUCCCGCACCUGAAGUGCAGCGUGCUGGAUCUUCCUCACGUUGUUGCACAGGCUCCAUCUGAUAGCAACGUGCAGUUCAUCGCGGGGGACAUGUUCGAGAGCGUACCACCGGCGAAUGCUGUUUUUCUCAAGUGGAUUUUGCACGAUUGGGGCGAUGACGAGUGCAUCAAGCUGCUGAAGAGAUGCAAGGAAGCCAUCCCUUCUCGAGAUGCUGGAGGAAAAGUAAUAAUAAUAGAUAUGGUACUCGGAUGGGGACCGUCUGAAGAGAAGCAUACAGAGACACAGCUUUUGUUUGAUCUCCUAAUGAUCGCCCUCAAUGGAGUUGAACGAGAUGAGCAAGAGUGGAAGAAGAUUUUCUUUGAAGCUGGAUUUAAGGACUACAAAAUCAUAACACUUCUUGGUAUCAGGUCCAUUAUCGAGCUUUAUCCAUGAAUGCUCAGCGAACAAGAUCAUCCAAAAAUAAUCACCGGAAGUCUUUAAUAUCUAAGCCUAAUGAAUAUGUCAUGCAUGUGACACAUGAAUCAUAAUGCAAGCAUGUCAUAAUUAUAGUAAAGUGCUCAAACCUAUUAGUAUUGGUAUGAUUGAGCAGAAUAAGCGGAGGCUUUUGCAUUUGUCAAAACUUCCAUAAGUGUGGGCUUUAUUCAGUUGUACCUUCGAUGUACUAUUUCCCUUGCAAUAAAUAUUUUAACUCUUUUAUAGCCUUA